AUGAUGCGUCGGGAUUUGUUUCUGCUGAUCCUUGUUUCUUUUGUCGCUGCCUGGUUUGUGAUCUAUUUGUUCUCCUCCCUUCCGAGUUACCGCAGACCCCUCACCGCCUCUGGUGCAAAAGAUGACCCUGUCGACUGCGCAGGAAAUGAAACUUUGGGAUUUGGACAAAUAUUAGUGCUUUCUCAUGGCCCCUCCUGGCGCACUCGUGGUCUCGCCGCCGCUGCAAGUCUAACUGGACUCCACUAUAUCAUACCCCCACAGCCACCUGUGCAUCCAGAUUUAAGCGAUGCAUUUGCGCAACUUGGGUCGGAUCAAGGGAAAGAUCAUCCAACAUCUGGUGGCAGUCGUGCAUGGCUUGCACAUCUUGAUCUUAUCAAACAUGUCUACCAAUUAAAUCUCGAGACCGCUCUUAUCAUCGAAGACGAUAUUGAUUGGGAUGUGUCUCUCCGAAUUCAGAUGAAGUCAAUUGCCUCUGCUAUUCGUAAUUUGACUCAUACUUACAACCACGAUGACUUACCAUAUGGCCGAGAAUGGGAUAUCAUUUGGAUGGGUCAUUGUGGUGAGUUCUGGGAUAAGGAAUUCGAGACUGUCAUAUUCGACGAUAUUGCAGUAUGUCCACAUGAGAAAUAUCACGGCUGGGCACAAAAGUACAUUUCUCGAAUCCCGAAAGGGAAACGAGGUGUUUAUUGGUCUAAGAAUCCUGUCUGCUCUUUUGCAUAUGCCCUCUCUCAUGAUGGGGCAAGGAAGGUUUUAGAGCUAACAGGAGCUGGGCAAGGUGAAGCAUUCGAUGUGAAGAUGAUGGGUGAAUGCAAAUCCGGUAACCUGAAAUGCAUCUCAGUUAUUCCAGAAGUAAUUCACCAAUACUUCCCUGCCGAGGAUUUUCGAGUCAAAAGUUUGAAAGAUCUUGGCGAUGAGGAAAAUCUAGGGUCUACCAGGGAUGAUGAUAUCUUUGAGUCUAUCAAAGGCUCUACAGAAAACAUAUUAUUCAGUGCGCGCUGUCGGGCUUUGUGGGGUGAAACAUGCAUCCGAGAUUAA